AUGUCUGAUUCCACAGGACUACCCGGAUCUCUUCCAGGCUCUACCCAAGAUAUUAUCAAUCAGCAAGAAAAUCGAGUCGACGAAGCAACCGCCAGACGCCAGGAGCUCCUGAACCAACUCUCAGAAGCUCGUGAAAAGCAACGCAAACUUCAGGAGAAACUCGCAUACCUAUCCUCCAGCAAUGAACUGGAGCUUGCACAAAAGAAUAUCAAGACCCCACCGCCGAGUAAGGGCCUCCCUACUUUCCAGGGGCGCACCACCAGUGAACUCAAUGUCUUCGUUGAUCACUUGAAUAUUCACUUCGACGAGUAUCCAGACUGGUUCGCAUACUCUCCAAAUAAGGUGACUUGCGCUGUGAACCACCUGUCUGAAGAAAGACUCAAGCAAUGGAAAAUCCACGUACAAGACCUGGAUACCGUUCCCCCAUGGUCUGAUUUCCUAAAAUUCUGUCUGCGGGUGAUACACGAGGAUUCUGAAAAUAUCGAUCGUGACUUUGAGGCAUCAUCUCAUUAUGAAAGCAUACGUCAGAUUCAUACCCAGUCUGUCCGUGACCUUGCUGCCGAGCUGGAGCAUCAGCAUCAGCAACUACUGGUGCCUUAUGACAACACGCAGCGAAAGGAGCGCUUGAGGGGUGCUGUGCUUGUUGCUGUUUUAAUAGAAGCCGACCAAAAUCCAAAAGAGCCCGAGGAUUAUGCUGGCUACGUUGAAUACCUUCACAAUGCCGAAAUGAACAUUCCAGCUCGACAACAGGCAUUGCGAGAGGCGGAGGUGGUAUCAAACUAG